AUGACGAACGUUUUGACCGUGGCGUUGCGAUUUUCAAUAUUUUUGCUUAUCAUAGGAUGUACUGAAGCUAAGAGGUAAUAUACAUUGUUUUAAUUUUAUCGAUAUUUAUGCUAAGGUGCAUACAAAUCGGACGAGUGUCGUAACCUUUCUCGAAUGCAAAUGAUGUUGUCAAAAUGCAGCUCUUUCGUUGUUUGUGAAUAUUAUCCUUCAAGAGGGAAGGCUCUGUAAUUCACUUACGUUUGACGCACUUUCCCCCCCCCCUUUGUACAGAUUUUCAGUUUGUUGGCAGGAAAGUUUCAAGGGCGGGUUUGGCAAGGCAUAUAUUAUUUCGACUUUAGCGACUCGUGAGCUCAACAGACUUUCGGUGCCUCAGAGAGGCUGUGCUGUUGCGUUGGAGGGGGUUUUACAAAAUUAUUUCGUUUUAUCAAGUGAGUAAAUAGCGUAAAGAGUUUCAAAAGCUGACGUUCGAUCGCUAGCCCUUCGUCAGAGUUGUUCUCGAUUCGGUCCUCUAAAACAGAGCGGAAUUUGACCCCUACAUAGUCCGAUCAAUAAAUUUCGUGACUCGGAUUGGAAUCUUUGUCGUGAUGACUGCGAGAAAAUUUCCAAUUGUAGCUCCUUACCAUAUUAAUAUGCGAAGAAUAUUCGAAGAAAUUUAAGGUUUCAAUUUCACGUUUUUACUUCCGGACAAGUAUGCAAGUGCAAAUUCACUUCAAAAGUGAAAGGUUCGAUUUUUCCCUUUUUCUUCCGGUGACACUUUCAUUCAAUUUUGUUCGAUCGGCUCUCGCUUGUUGAAUCAGCUUCUCUUUCUUUCUUUUGUUCUUUCAGUGAUUUUUUUCUUAAAUUAAUAUUCGUGCUUUACCAUAUGGAAGGUAUGGGGUAAAAUCCACCACAAUACUAGCGUAAUUAAGGAAGAGGAAUUCAAAGUUUCCGCCCUCCUCUCCAUAUUAGGGACUGGAACCGAUCCUUCUCUGGGAAAUAGAUGGUGGUAGCAGCGAAAUCAACCUUUUAGAUAUUCUGCCGUGUGAUAACAGAAUUAGCCAGCCAUAAGAGUGACUAAAGAAGACUAAAAGGUACCAGUUCGCACUGCCAAAGGCAUGGAGCUAGGAACUGGUAGCAAUUUAAUCAUUUUCGACGAAAUGUUACCUAGUAUAAACAUACAUGUCAUCGAAUUCUGAGACGCCGAAGGAUGAUUUUUUAAGGAUUUACUUCGGUUAGGCGGGGCCGGGAAUUAAAACUGUAAGGCGACUUACCGGGAAGAAUCUCUUCCUUACUCUAACCUGUCCGGCUUGCAAGCCGUAUUGAGUGUUAAUUGGAAUAUCUUAAUCACGUUAAGUAGCUUAAAAAUUCUUACCUCUGCUUACAGCCAACAAAACAUUUUAUUUCUCAAACUUGUCAUCGUUAUCAUUGCAGGUUUGCCAUAAUCGCUCCCAAUGUGUUUCACGUUGGUGUCGAGGAGAACGUUUCAGUUGCGGUUUACGAUGCCAUGCAGCCCGUAACAGUGAAGUUAUAUCUGCAGGACUAUCCAUUCAGGCGGAAAACAUUCUCCCCAAACCAAGUUACACUACAACCAGGAAAAGGUAAGACGAAAGCGUUACAGAAUUUUUUUUUUUUAUCCGAAUCGCUGCUGGGAUUUGAAAGUGCUAUAAGAAUUAGCCUUCGAAACCUGGUGAGAUGGAAGCAAAGAUUUCGCGAGAGUCUUAAAAGAGGAACCACAUUUUCUAGGAAAAUGAGAUUCCAAGUCGACUUUCAUCUGAUGGAUGACCGAGUCUAAUCAUUUUGCAGCAUCAUCACUUCAAGAUAGAUAUUUAGAAGAUUUGGGGCUCAAAGCCACUUCAAUUAAUGGCUUUGCUAUGGGAAAGAUGAAGAAUUAACCUGAAAUAUAAAAGACCUGUUUGAUUUUUGUUUUUUCUCUUAGGGAGCACCUCUCUCCUCACAGUCAAGGUAAGAGUUCAGUAGCAUUUCGGAAGACGCGCUAGAAUCUUUUAACGAUGCACAGUGUUUGGUGAAGUAAUGGCGCGUAACCAGGAAAGCUAUAACGUAGGUCAUCACGGGCCCUAUGCUAUCAUUUUAAAGAAAUAUGAACAUUACAAGCAAUAAAAACAGCAUCAGUUUUGGAAUAAACGGUUUGAAAAUACAAGAAGUUUAUUAGUACUUUGAAUAUUGUUUUAAUUUGAAAGGUGUUCUGUUAUAUGCAUAUUUAAACAGGUGAAGGAUUUUUUAUUUUUUGGAAUUUUUUUAAAAUAUCGUUCUGUUGGAUAUUACCCCAAUUACACGAAGUUCCUGUGAACUAAGUUUUACACAAAUUUUAUCGAAAAAAUUAUUAGCAACAAAGUGUGUAUUAUUGACCCUUCUAAGUAUGGUCUCUGUCCAAAAGGGCUUCCCUUUAUUGAUCAGACUUGCGAAGAAGAUCUUUAUAUUAUUUACUCGUAACUUUACCCGUAACUGGUCCUUCUCGUAUCUCAAGGUGGAACCGGGGAACCUUCCAGAUAUCAAGUCGGUAGAUAUGCGGUAUGUUUACCUCAUCGCCAAGUCAGAUGACGGCCAUUUUCAGUUCCACAAAGAGGUAAAGAUCCUGCUCAGCUUCAAGAAUGGAAUGGUGUUCAUACAGACGGACAAACCUAUUUACACACCAAAACAGAAAGGUAAGAUCUAUGUCGCCAUCGCGAUGAACUGACGUUGAGCUAAUUGCACAAUCUUUGUUACCGAACCUUUAUUGUUAAGCGAUGUAUGAGAUUUUCGUUAAUUUUGAAGGGGCCUUGUGCGGACACAGAGACACAUAACCCCUUGCACCCUUAUAUCAGCUUUCAUAUUCUCUCCACUGUUCUCUUUACAUCUCCUAUGUUGCUGACAGAGAGAAUUUGUUUGACAUUCAGGGGCUUCUUAAAUCAGUGAUCGUUUCCUUCAUUAUCACGACCUUUACAUUUGGUUCAAGGGUGAUACUGUAAGGACAAAGUAGAAGCCAGACAUUCUUAGGGGUGAAAGGAUUACGAAAAUUCUGAAACUCCAUCUGCCUCCCCAUUUACCACACAGGGGUAUACCUUCGGUUCCUCUUUGAGAAUCAAACAUUUGAGUGAAAGAACAGAUUCCUUUGUCACAAAAACUUAAUCGAACUGAAAAUAUCUGUGAAAAUAUCUUUUUUUUUUUCAUGGAUACAAUGAUUUCUCUUCGACCAAAGCAGAGAACUAAAUUCGAAUUGAUUUUAAACGUAAUGUGAAGGACAAAAAUUUCGUUCCGGCGUGUCAUUAGCAGAGCAAACCAAAAUAUUUCACUUGAAUGAGGAAUGAAUGAACACAACUCUAACGAUAAGUAAUGUUGCGUAAAUUAUGGGUAUAAUUUUCUUUCUUUAAAUAGAAAUUUGACUUUAAAAUAUGAAAGUCUAUGGAGAAUCUUAAUGUUACUAAGGCCUUUUGUUUUUUAUCGUCCCCUCGCGAAAAUAAAUUUCUCUGCUAGAUGCUACAAGUCAUCUUGUAGCAUCUGUAGUUGGAGAAAAUCUUUGCACAUCUAAAAUGACCAAAUUACAGCGGGGCAAAUGCUCUGAGUGAUUUUUUAUUCAGUUGAUACAUGUCAGGAAGCUCAUUUUCUCGCAAAAAUCAGCUGUUGUCUGAGCUCAGUCGUUCGUUGUCAGAUACUACGCUACUCGGCAAUAGAGAUAGGACGCGUCCAUUUUCAUUAAACAGCUUUCAGUUAUAGUCUAAAUUCCCUUUAUUGAUUGAUGUUGCAAUUGGCUCUUUUUCCUUCCUGCAGUUCAUAUCAGGGUGUUACCGCUCCAGUUUAACAUGAUGCCCUCCGGAAAAAAUGUAAGAGCUUAGCAAAACGACGUCUUGAAAAUAACAUUUUAUUUUGACUGCAUUGGUUUUGUUAGAAAAAUAAUCGCGGCCGAACCAGGUCAACCUGGUUAAAUAUUGCCGAUUAAUAAAUGAAUAAUUAACUAAUAAAUAAAGAAGGUGCUUUUGAAUGUAGCCGCAAAUUCGAAAAAACGAAUGUGACCCUGACUUUAAUUAUCACUGACUUGGCUAGCCUGACUGCGGUCUAAAAGAAGAGGUUCUACCAAGUGAUUCUAAUUUAUCUUUCAACUCUCUUGUAGAAUAAUGGAAAAUAGUGGCUUCCGACGAAAAUCACUUAAUUUGAAGGAAGCUCAUGGGUUAUUUAUAUUAACUGCUCACCAAGCACACUUUAAAUGAUAGUCUUACAAAGUUUCGUUUAACGCAGUGUUGUCUCGCCGGAAAAAAUGUAAUGUUAAAUUUGAAAACAUUACAUAUAAUUAUCUGCCUGCGGAUAUCUGGUAUUCCAAAAUAUCAGCAGACUGUCAUUUCUCAGCUAUGAAUUACUUUGAUUGUUAAUUAUUUCCCUACCUUAGUUCUGAUAUGGCCAAUACACUCUUGCUAUAGAUAUCAAUUUGUAAUUAUGGCCACUAAAUUGCAAACAUCUUUUCCACCAUACUACUGGUCGACCAAUUACAAUCCGAGCCUCAAAUCUUUGAUGUGAAUUCAUUUUUAAUUAAUUGUUGCCUUUUUUCUUUUGCAACAGAUAACUUUGAUGGUCCUGGUAAGCUUACUUCAGUAUUCUAUACAUACAUACAAUAAUUCUCCAUCAGUUGUUUCAUUUAAGAGCUCGCAACAACGUAAAUGUCAUCCGUAACUAUAUCGCAUAUUUUAUAUGCAGAAUCCACAGGGAGUCAAAGUAAGGCAGUGGAAGGACCUUGAAACUAGCACAGGUUUGAAAAGACUCUUCAUUUGAUGAAAUUAUCAUGUUGUUAUAGUUAAUUUAAUACCUUCGAAUCUUUACAUCCUAAUAUCAGUAUGCAUGUUCUCCUUUCAUUUCUCUACACAUUUCCUAAGAUCUCUCUAGUUGGUGAUCAUUUUCUUUAUUCUCGUGACCUUAAUGUUUGAUUCAGGUGUGAAAUUAUAUGAAGAAACUAUAUGCUAUAGUCACUCAUAGGGUUAAAUUUUUAACAAUCUGGGCAUAGAGUCCUUAAACGUGUCCCGGUUCGAACCAGGAUUUCAAGAGGUAUAACUGAAGAGAAGCUGCUGGAAAGUUGUAUGUCUUAGUGGUCGAAAAUUCAAAAGUAUCAUCAUCCAAACGGUGAACACUCGUAUGAGAGACGAGAGGAUAAUUGAAAAAAUUGCCCCCGAUUAAGUCAUUUUUUUAAAUUUGAAUUUAGCAAGAAACCUAACUCUAAUGUCCAUUGUACAUUUUUUGUUUUUUGUUUUUGUUUUUGUUUUUAAAGGUAUUAUAUCAGAAGAAUUUUCAUUAAGCAAUUUCAUCAUCUUGGGUAACUGGACAGUAACAGCUACAUACGGUCAUCAGGUAGGCUUUUCUUUGCCACAGUGUUGACAGCUUUUGCCCGCACAAUAUUUUUUUCAGAUCACAGAAUCACAUGCCAACAAAGAGAUGUAGAUUUAAGGAUAGAGGUUUCACACCCUGAGAUUGAAAGGGGCAAUUUAGAUGAAAUGACUAGCGUGUAUUAAACAGCUUGAGCAUAAUCGAUCAAUCGAAUGAAAAAAGGGGAAGUUUCAAUGUGAGAAAGAUAAGAUAGAUAAAUCUUAGCGAUUAAGCAAAUGGAACCUAAAGCACAUGUCUUGUAUUAGUUCUAAUACGUGUGUGACACCAUAAACAUUUCGUAAGUCAUUUUCGCAUAGUCGUGGAGAAAUUUCGAUGUUCAACUGGAUUUUCAAGUUUUAGGGAUGACUAUUUCCAAGUUUUCAGUUAACGAACGCCAAUUUCCACCGUUCUGUGUAAAGAAAAUUGUAGACUCUUGGAUGUGAUAAUUAUUUAAAAAAAAGUCCUUUAUAAAGAUAAAGAUCAGAUUAAAAUUUCAUAAACAUUCAAAGGUUCUUGAAAGUACAUAUUCAAAAGGAAAAAAUAGCAUUAAAAUUUGAAAACAUAAAUGUGAGAGCGAAUUUUUCGACUUUGUUUCAGGAGGUUAAUUCCACACACUUUUUUCUUUCUUUGCAGAAUAUUUACAACACAUCUGUGCAAUUCGAAGUUAAAGAAUACGGUAAGUUUAUGAUUUCAUUCUUCCGGGUUCUCUUUUCUCCUGAUGACGUUGAAUUUUUUAAGAUUCUUUGAUGACGUUUCAGUUCUUCCCAAGUUCUCCGUGAAACUCCAGGUGCCGCCUUACAUACUGAAAACAAACAAAGACGUAGAGGUCCAGCUAAAGGCCAGGUAUUGUUGACUACUCAAUGAUUUAUAAUUCGAACAUGAACAACCUUUCAUGGCUCAAAAUGAAAAUGGAUAUCAGAGAGUGAAUAACCGACAAAGCGGGUAACACUUAUUGGGACUAUUGAUUUCACAUAAAAAAAAAAACAAACAAACGAACAAACGAAAAAAAAAGAUGAAUCAUCUUUUUGGAAAAUUCCUUUCUCCACUUUUGUGCUGAUUUUGUGUUGGUAUUUUCAAAUUCAGUCAUGCAUGCAUUUUUCGACUGGUCAACUACUUAAACAAAUCCAAAAUGAUCACAUGAAACUUGUAUCGCUUGGGGAAAGGAUGAAUGAUAAGAAUAAUGAAAAUCGAACGCAUCCAGGAAAAUGAUACAGGCGUGCACGAAUUUGGAAAAUACUCACGUUAAAUACUUUCUAGUAGGUACAUCCUUUCUGAGACAAGUAAUCCAAUGCUUUAGGUUUCACCUUAAAUAAAAAUUGGUGAACGUUUCGCAAACGAUUUUUUAUAUGGAGCCGUGGAAAGGAAGCCAUCAGUAAGGGAGAGCUUUUUCCUUUCCUUUAUGCAACUUGCAUUCCUCGCAGUAAAGCGAGAGCUUGCGAUUGAAAAACGUUAACUAGCCAUGUUGCUGGACGUUAUGUGCCUCGAAACAUCGUUCUCACCUUAAUGAUUCUGUUAACGCAGUUUGAGGAAAACGUUCAAAGAACCAAAACCAAAAUAAAUCCCAACGACUUAUGAGAACAAAGGUUUACAUUAUCAUAAGAAGUUGAGGACGAGAUUUCAAAAAGAGGCCUAAAAAAGGCACUACCUAGCAGCCCCAUUGCACUAUAGGUUCGACUUCGGAUUAUGAUUGGCUGAUACCCAUAAAUCAUGGCUUCAUCAGUUAUAGUCACAAAUUGUGGGGUCAGUGACUUGCUACACACUGAUUUUUAAGGGGGUGAGGGUUGCUUUUGGAAUUAUCAUUAUGUAUAAGUUCAGGAACGUUUUUAGCAAUAUCUCCAGAACUGCUCGACCAAAUAUAUAUCUUUUUUUUUCUUCACGUUGGGAGAGGGGGAGGUGGGAGUGGAAUAACUUUUGCAGUUACUUAAUGUGGUGUAAAUGGGGUGUAUUAAACCGUUACCAUAGCCAUGGUUACUAAGGAAACCAAAUAUGCUUUCAUAUCGAUUUGCAGUAAAAGAGGACGAUCAUAAUCUUUUUCGGGUCAAUUGUUGAUGUUUUUUGUUUCUAAUUUUCUAUAUAUAUAUAUAUAUAUAUACGCUAAAAAGAAAUAACGGCAGAUGCUGUUAAUUCGAAAAAUUCAAAGGUCAUACGACAAAAAUGUUUAAAAGAGACACGUGAGAAAUACUAUAUUCCUAUUUGAGGUUAGUGACGAUUUUGGAGUCUAUUUAUUAACCAGAUACCAAUUUGCUGAGGUACAUCUUAGAUACAUCACAAGAUAGUCAGUUGAGCGCAUGAAAUUAUCCAUAUCGUAUUUAAAUCCAUCUGCUGUUAUACCAGCCUCACACACAGGAGUGUAAAGUAAGCUCAUCAAACCCUCAGCAGAUCGAACAAUUUCUAGUCACUUGUUCUCAUAGGUCCUGUAAAUGCAGGUAGACAUGGUUGUUAUUCAAAAGAAAUUCCAAGCCUUUCUUUUUCCUCUCUGGCUAAAGCCACUUGUAAUGUCAAACCCUGUAAAGGCGUGAAAUGCUGAUAGAAGCUUACAAAGUUCUUGUUCGAGCUUUUCUACUCGACAAUGAUUGUAUUGGGAGAUAGCGGAACAUGUCCUUUGCCCCAGUGCGGAACCAUAGCUGGCCUCAUCUUAAAUGAUGAUAUGUAGAGGUUCAAAGGAAAGCUACAUCAGUAUCAGGUGACUGAAUUAGAAUGUAGCCAUGCAGCAUGGAGAAAAAUUCUUAUGUGUGUCGCCUCAUUAUGAAACUUCUCUGGUAUAUGGUAGAAAGGAUGUUCUUCAUUUCACGCCACUGAUGCUACUUCCUUCCAAUUUCCAAAGUAUCCUGCUGGAAGCACCUUCCUUGCAAUCCCUUACCAAGUGCUACCUACAAAAAUUUUCAGUUUGGUCUUGUUCUCUAUAUUUGAGAUAAAACUGUUCCAUUUUUUUGGGACUGGCGUGAAUGAACUUGACAUUCUCACUUGUUAACUAGUGGAUGACGCUCCUCUGACGUGUUCGCCCUAUUUAAUGGAGUUCUCCUUGUCAUAGUAAUCACAUUCGAUAUCCACACAAUUGCCGCCAUUCUUCCCAAAUGGGACAGUUAUGACCUCGAAGUACUUAUUUGCGAGCACUCCAAAAGUAACUGAACCCACAUCCCUCCUCAUCUACACAAUUGCUAUACCAUCUAUGACAAACGCAGUUGAUAGUUCAGCAAUAUCAUGUACAUAAAGUCUUGAAGGCACCUCAUAGCAUGCUCCUUGUUGUCUUUCCCAAUCAAUGAUUUCAUAUCUAAGCCCGCAGGUUUUCAGAAUUGAGAAGACCCAAAUCGUCUGGCUGUCUUGUAGGUCCAUACUUGAUGAAUGAUGAACACUGGGCACAAGCUCACGCCCAAGCAGAUUGGCUCCCCUAUAAACCAACAACCUUCAUGCGAUCGGGAGCUCUAAUCACUGACUCCCCGAUCGACCGACCAAUUCCUUGACAUCGGGAGCUCUUAUCAGAGCUCGUUGACUCCCCGGCCGAUCGACCACCAAAUUCUUUGGGAUCGGCAGCUCUUACCAGAGCUAACUGACUCCUUGAUAGACUAACAAACUCCUUUGCCAUCGGGAGUUCUUAUCAAAGGGCACUAACUCCCCGAUCGACAAACAAAUUCCAUGCGAUCGGGAGCUCUUAUCGGAGCUCAUUGAUCCACCCGAUCAACCGAUAAAAUCUUUGCGAUUGGAAGCUCUUAUCAGAGCUCAUUGAUAAACACUAUCAACCAACAAAUUCCUUGCCAUCGGUAAAACUCUUAUCCGAGCUUCUAGAAUCAACUGAUCGACCAACAAAUUCCUUGCGAUUAGGAGCUCUUAUCAGAGUUCAUUUACCCACCCGAUCAGGAGCUCUUAUCAGAGCUCAUUGACCCCCCUGAUCGACCAACAAUUCCUUGCGAUCGGGAGCUCUUAUUUAGCAAAUUGAUCCAACCGAUCAACCAAUUGUUCGACCAAAAACUCCUUUGGGAUCGGGAGCUCUUAACGGAGCUUAUUGACUGACUUGAGCAGAGCACAUUGAUGCACACCACCAACGAACAAAUUUCUUGUAACCGGGAGCUCUUAUCAGAGCUCAUUUACCCACCAGAUCGGGAGCUCUCAUCUCAGAGCUCAUUGACUCUCCGAUCGACCAACAAAUUCCUUGCGAUCGGUAGCUCCUAUCGGAGCUCAUUGAUCUACCCGAUCAACCAAAAAAAUAAUUGCGAUCGAUCCAAUAAUUGGAGCUCUUAUCGGAGCUCAUUGAAUCGACCAACAAAUCUCUUGCGACCGGGAUCUCUUAUCAGAGCUCAUUAACUCCUUGAUCGACCAAAAAAUCCUUUGGGAUUGGAGCUCGUAUCUCAGAGCUCAUUGACUCCCCGAUCGACCGACCUUGCGAUCUGGAGCUCUUAUUUAAGCAAAUUGACCCACCAAGUCGACCAACAAACCUCUUAUCAGAGCUCAACAGGUAUUUUUCGAACGAACAACAUCUCCCAUUUAUUCUUUUCAGCAAUUUUGAUAAUAAUUCACAAAAUCACUUCUUUUUCUUGGUUUCUCAGAAUCCUCAGAAAAUAUUGCCAUGGUAACGGUUAAUUAACCAACCGACAUUGUCCCGCAUUAAGAAGCUUCCAUAGUUGCAUAAUCCCUUCAGACUUUAAUUUAUUUUGUCAAAUAGUUCCCAAUGUAGUGAUAAAACGUUCCUGAACACGUAGAGAUUGAUUCUUCCAAAAGCACUUCACCGCCACCAAUAGCACUGAAGUCACUGACCCCAUGAUUUGUGACUACGACUAACAUAGCGAUGACCUCUGGUUAUAAGGCCAUUAUAAUCCGAUGUCAAACCUUUUGUCUAGUUAGGUUGCUACGAGGUCGAUUUUUCCUGGCUUCUUCUCCUCGACUGUUGUCCAAAGGAAAAUAAGCAGGCUACUUGACCCUUUAACUUCCAGAAGUGAUCAACAUGAAACUUCUCCCCAUAAUAUCCUUAUUUUAUCCAGCAGACUGGUAAUGAGAAUAUUCAAACUAUCUUGAUCUAACACCAAGUUCUCUAACUAAUUUAUAAGGAGAUGUGUAGCAGGUGGUGGGGAGAAUUUACAAUCGGAUCCUGUGAGUUAAAGGGUGAGGCUCGGGUAAACGCGAAUGACCAAGUCGCUAUUGUUUUUAGUUUUAAAUCCGAUUUGUUCAGAGGAUGACUUAAGUUUCCUGAAACAAUCGCAAAGUUAAGCAAAAUAAAAGCAAUCCCGGCUUACUUUCGACACUUCAUUGAAAAUUGCUGUGUAGAAGUUACCCUCGGUAGCAAAGUAAUUUAAGUGAGCGAAAAGUUCAGCUGAGCUGAGAGGUUGAGACAUACUUAGAGUCUGCCAAUGUAUAUAUGACGUAGUACUUGACAUAUCACAGCACACAUAUGUUGUUUCACCUAUGCAUUUUUCCUCCAAAGUUACACUUAUGGAAAGCCGGUUGUCGGGUCUGCGAAUGUCUAUUUGAGCAUUGCUUUGAAAGGAAAGGUUAUUCCGAUUGCUACUCAGCUAGUAUUGGUAAGUGAUUUCAUUUCAUUUUAUACUUAUGUAGAGAGGUUCUCUGGUGAAAACUGAUCGUAAAAGAGUUGUUCAGGGAUUAUGAAAUUGCAUGGGUUCGUUAAAUUUAGUCAAAUUCUGAACUUUUGUUGAAAGAAAAGUAUGAAUGCUAUGCUUAAAGUCUACUACUUUACUAAAAUCUGGAUCGCUGUCUGUAACUUAGCAGCUGCGCAGCAACUCCUCUCCUAACCCAAUAACAGUCAACUGAUAACAAGUUUGAGUUAAUGUUGGGUUAGGGGAGGGGUAGGUGCUCAUUUUCUCAGAUACUGACAUUGAUCGAAAAAUCUAAUUGCUUAGACGGAAUGACUGUUUCCUUUUUUGUGUGUUGAUUUAUUGGAAUAGCUUGACAAAGGCACUGCUACAGUGGAAGAAAGGGUGAAUUUUAUUAAAAAUGUGGCCGGAGAAAUCUGGUUCCCAGAAGGUGGUAGACUUCAUGUUCAGGCUGACGUCACAGAACGGGCGACCGGUGAAAAGGAGACUGCGGUGGAUAAAUCGUGCAAGUUUACAUCAAACCCCUAUCUGGUCGAGAUCAUAGACACUCCAAAGUACUUUAAACCUGGAAUGCCUUUUACUGUGAAGGUGAAAGACACAAGAUAUGAAUAAUGACAUUCCAUUUUUUUUAGCUCUACACUUAAGGUAUACGCAUAAUGUGAAUCUACUGAGGGUGUAUUGAAAAGUAAAGUCUUUGUAGAGCCUCUUACCCUCGCCUGUUAAGAUAUCGUUGAUAAUAUUUGUUUGACGAACUUCUCGUUCACAGCCUUCUCUACCACUACUGAUAACCUCUUCUGGAAAAGCUAUUAAAAUCCUUGAAUUUGCCAAGCCGCCUAUCUAUAUAAGAACUCUUCAUGAUCCAUUCUUCACAGUUAGGGAUUUUACUUUGACCGCAUUUGCCAUUUAGGCUAAGUAUCAUUCUGGUAUGAAAAACUUUCUUUGAACUGUGUUUAAGGUUGUGGUGUCGCUGAAUGAAAAGCCUACCGAGUCCAUAUCUGUGAGAUUAUCCGCCACAGGGAAAAGCUUGAAAGAAGAGAAACGCUUGACCACAUUAGAGGACAAAACGAUUGAGAACGGCGAAGCUGAGUUUACAGUUGAUGCCUGCACCGACUGCCAAACCAUUAAGAUAGAGGUUUGAAAAGUUGAUUUCUUUUCUUCAGGGACCGAUAAAUAAUGGUAAUUGAACUGAGUGGAGUGCAGUUUGGGCUGAAAUCAUACGUAUGAUUUCAAAACCGAACGAGUGCGCAGCGUGAGUUCGAUUUGAAAUCACAAGUAUGAUUUCAGACCAAAAUUGCACGACACGAGGUUCAAUUAUCACUUUUUUACAUCCAUUUUGAAAUCGCCCAAAUACAGGACUUGGUCAGUUCAAAUAUUUUAUUGAUGCAGUACUGAGCCGGUCUGAAAUUAAAUUCAUCCAAUUUUUUGGGGGAAAAAGUAAGAGUUUGGAAACAAAAGUUGCAAAAUUUGCCACAUGAUACUCUUUGUCUUUCAUUUUCCUGCAGUUUGAUUGGUUACUUUAAACAAGCCUUAAAAUCUGAUUGGUUGUUCUGUUUUUAGUGUAGCCUCCUCAUUGGCAGGGAAAAAGAUGCGAUUUAAAACAGAGAAUGAUGCGAUUCGUGAAUAAAUCGCACCAUUUAGAGCCAAUCAGAUUACAGGGACCACCAGUGAUUUCAAAAUGGGUGUAAUACAUUUGAAAAUUUAUUGAGCUAGUUAAUGCGUUAACAAAUGUAACAUUUAUUGCGUAUUGCUUUUCGACCGCGUAGUAAUACUGAUAAUAACCCUCUUAAAAAGCCUUUUUAUCUGAUUUUCUGUUUAAAAAUCAGAGCAGAUUGUUUCAAGUCCAAAGUUUUGUUACGAAUGUUUGUUUCGAUGUAGGUUGAAGCCGUCAAAGAAAAUACCCAACCCGCUCUGGCUAACUUCGUGCUGCAACGAUUCGACGCAGAAAAUGGACCACUGAUUGUAAUUCGUCAUCCCCCGUCAGGAAAGUUGAAGGUAGCUGUUAAUCGUGACGAUGGUAAUCGACUCUUUAACUCCAUGUAAUGACCAUUAUUCAAUUUCUCAUCGUAAUGUUAAUACGUCGCCAAGAAAAAAUGGUCACUUCAAUACUUAUGGCAGACGGCGAGGAGAAUCGAAAUGUAGGACUUAAUAGUGAAAGGAUAAAUUAAAGGCAAACUAUGAGCCGGUUGUGUAUUCAAUGUCCAUAUGAUGCGAAACUUCUUUCAAAGUAAGCAAGCUCAGUUUUCACUUUCCACCCGUAAUAUCUGCCUCCCCUUUGAAAAAGAGAGGAGGGCAACUCGUGAGCUUUUUCGUGCAUUUUUUCAGUUUUUUUGUAUAGUUCCAUCAUAUUCGGUUACUAUAAAAAUUCAUUUCGACUGUAAGAGAACGAAAUACCAAUUAAAACAUUUUAAAAGCCAGCCGUGCGGUCGCCAUAUUUUUAGUGUGAUCUGUUUAGAUCGUUAGUUGUGCUUGAAAAAGAAAAUCAUUAUUGGCUCAGGUAGUCGACAGGAUUUCGCUUUACCUUUGAGAGGACCUUGAUCUUAAACUCUACGAUAGAAGUUUCUGCGCUUAAUACAUAGCAAGACUUGAAAGUAUUCGUUGCGAGCUUUGAACAACUUGUAAACCUUAUCGUUUCCGAGAGGAAUCAAGAAAUUUAUCAUAAUAUAGGCAACUCGUGUAGUGUUGUACAUAGCAAAGGAAACUACCUUAAAUGGUUCGAUGUAAACUGUCAUUUAAGUGUUCCUUGGUAUCUUCAUGUUACUUGAUUGAUCUGAAUAACCGUCAUAUUCAUGGGCUGAUAAAUGGGACUAUUGUUUGAUUGGAUGUGUAACAAAAUGUCUGUUCUAAAAUCACUUAGGUCGAUGGCAAGUCUAAUAUUGAAACCUACCGGAAAAAUGAUGACAAAGCUGCCGUUUUUUCGUAUGUGGUGAGUGGCUUGUUACGGUAUAAUGUAAACAACAGAAAGAACACUGUACUCCUUCAAACCCUUCUGAUUUAUGAAAACAACUUGUAAUAUUCUAACUAAGGAGCGACCCCUAAAGGCAAUACGUUAAUUAUCGUUAAUAAACUUAAUAAACUCAUUACAGUUUAUAUCUUGGCUCACCACUAACACAAUCUCACAGGUGUCCCCAAAGUUCCAUGAAAUGAACAAUCUUUCACAGUAGCUCUCUCGGUAUAGUUUUCUAAACAGUCGGACACUCCUGACAACAGCACCUACUACUACUUCUACUACACGACUGAGUUGUUAUAUACCUUUACAAAGUAUUCCAAACAUUCCGAAAGCUUACAGCGCAUUUAUAUUAGUAUUAGUACAGCAUAGCUACUGAGCCAAUAAAAUGUUUUAAAAAGUUCCAUGGUAUGCAUGUCAGCAUUACUAAGCAUACUAGGGAUACAUAGUAACUAAUAUUUACAGUAAUUACAGGCUUUAAUACGAUUCUUUUCUUUCCUUACACCCUUUGCAGAGGUUUUGCAAUAUCUUUGGUUAGUUAAGUUUAGGUCAUCUCGCGCCAAAAAGCCGAUGUGACAGAACAUAAUUAGGAAAAACAGACUCACAAUUCCCGUUUUCUUUAACAGGGAAACACCUUCAUUUCUGAAGCUUUGAAAAGGGUCUUCAGUUAAAACAAUUAUGUUUUCAUUCAUUUCAAAAAGUUCCCUUACUAACGUUUAAAUGGUUCACUUAACUAGGUGGUUUCAAGGGGAAGGAUUCUUUCUCACCACACCACUGAAGUGCUUGCGGACGGCUUUAAAAGCGAAACAAAAAGCUGGUCCCUUCAAAUCACUCCUGAAAUGUCACCAUCCGCGCGUUUGAUUGUUUACUAUAUUCACAGCAGUGGACGAGUCGUAGCUGACAGCAUUUUGCUUAAAGUUGAGGAAAAACUCCCAACAACGGUAUGCCAUAAUAAUUCAAUAAUAAUAAUUCGAGUAUUUCUGUAGUGCUAUUUACAUAGAAAUGAUCAGUGGUGCUUUACAAUGAUUCACCUAUAAAACUAUUCUACAGCUAUCUGAGUAUACCAUGAAAAAUGUAAAUGAGACUUAAAAAAAAAAAUAAAAGAAAUCUGGUUAAAUAUUGCUCAUAAAAACUCAAAUAAAAUAAGAUUUGUGGUCAAAAACUUUUAAAGAAAAACCUGACCAAAAAGGUAGGUAUGAUUAUGAAAUAGGAAUGGGCUAAUAGCAUAAUGAAAUAGGCUAACUACUUGCAAGAAGAUUGAACUGACUCACAAAUACCAUACUGGCACUCAACACAGCUUAGGAGAAACUUAUGCAAAAGAGAAUCUUUAUCGGACAGUUUGCUAUCGGAAAGUUCAAUAAGUCAAUCACAUUCAAAGUUGUAGUUUAAAUCAACUAAUCUCAUUCGAAAUUGUAGUUUGAAUCAACCAAUCACAACCUUGGUUUCCAUAACCAUAGAAUUUGUCUGUCUUUUAAUGAAAAUUUUCCUUUUCUUUCAUAACUUGGCUAUUUUUCCUUCGUCGGAAAAUACAAUUUUUAUGAUUAAUUGGUAAGAAUUCGUGUCGUCCAAUUUGAUCUGUAAUGAUACUCGUGACAAACAAAUCGUACUCCCGCUGCGCGUUAUCACUCGUAUGAUUACAGACCGAAUUUGUACUUCACUCAGUCCUAUUACUAUUACUUAGAGGAAAAGAUUUAGAGGAUUUCUUGAAGGUUUGGCACAAAUUUCUUGUUCGUAACUGCAGAGUGAAGCUCCCCACAUGUAGCUCAAUUACGUAUUCAAAACUCGUUGCAGUUUUAGUUCUAGAGCUUCAUGGUUUAAUGUUUACGGCAAGCAACCGUGUUGAACUUGACAUGUAUGCAUGUUACUCGAUUAUGGAAAAGUUACUGCAACAUUUGUCUCUUCCUUUUCUUGACAGGUUGAGUUUACUUAUGAAGGCAAACGCGGAGGUGAAACUCAAAACAAAGUUGAGACACAACCUGCGAAAAAUUAUGUGAUUAAACUCAAGGCUCCUAAAGGAACGCAUCUGGGAAUCCUAGGGGUGGACAAGAGUGUUUAUCUACUGAGAAACGAGAAUAGACUCAACAAAGAGCGGGUAACUCAAUCAAAUCAUGCUUUGUUAUAGACCUUUUUUAUGAUGGAUGAAUGAAUAUUCUUUCAUAGAAACACAAAUUAGCCUGCCUGGCUCCGCUUUUAAGAGCCUGUUCCAGGCGUUCGGUAGUUGAAAGGAAGGCUAUAGUAAACGAUGCGAUUGUAACGGCGAAACGAAAUUAACCCCUCCCCUCCCCUCCCCCCCCCAUUCCCCCCUCCUUUUGUGAAAGAGGAUUAUUCCCUAUGUUAUCUAAUACGGUGUUAAACUGUGCCGUACAAAGUUUGCAUUUGCGUUAUAAAAGAUUGAUUUCGUUCGCGCUCAUUGCAUCUGAACAUCCUAUCUAGUGCGUUCACUUGUUCGUCUUUCCUUUCUUUCUUUACGUCUUAAAUGUCAAUUCCAUUUAGCGACGAUGAUUGAAGAGUUAACCCUUUAACUUCCAGAAGUGAUUGACAUGUAACUUCUACCAAUAAUAUCCAUACAUUAUCCAUUACACAUUAGGUGGUAACAUUAGCGAUUGAAAUUGAUCCCUGAGAUUUUGCAUAUUCGUAAUCUUCGAUUCGCACCUUAUACACUAGCGAUUGAUCCAAUUUUAAUAACGAUUUGUGUAAAUUUGAACCAAAUAUUGACUCUCCAUACUAACGUGCGGAUUUUGCAACUGCAGAAACUUGGCGUGAAAAAGUACAGUUAAGCCCUUCGAUCCUCAUAGGACGGUAGAACAUGUAUUUCAGCAAUGAAAAUUAUUGUGAUCACACGGCUAUACUAUAAAGAAAAGGAAAUUUAGUUCCCGGAAAAAAUCUUUGCCGAGCGAUUUUUUGCUUGUAGUAAGGUAUCUAAAAUGGGCGCAAAAAAGAGGUUUAUAAAAAAAGUAUAAUAUUUGGUACUUUGUAGCCCCGUAAUAUUCAAAAGAUUUACCAUUAACUGGUUAAUUCCUAAUAACCGUUAAGACAAAAAUCAGUCUCUGGCUUUACAAGUAAAAUGUAUUAACGUCUUGGUUCUCUAAUCAGGUUCUUAAGGCCGCUAAAGAACUUGAUCUUGGCUGUGGUGUCGGUGGAGGAAAAAAUAACAGAGACAUUUUUAAGGUUGGUACUCAAAAUAAUGACAUGGAACGUGAACAUAGAUAAUAAGAUGAUAACAUGUCGGCUACACGACAUAGCCUGUGUGUAGCGGAUGGCUUCCUCCAUGGAGGGAGACACUACUAGUUCAUACAUUUUGGAGAAAAAAAGGAUAAUUCUCUCUGUUGUUUAGCACAAAUGUUAAAAGCCUAAAGUUUCUCAGUUACAAGAUUGAAAUUCACUCAUGGCCGAAGACGUACCCUGAUAUAUGAGACGAAGAACAUGCGGCGCUGAAACUUUUCAUUUGAUUAUUUACAUUUUCAUCGAUUUCUCCAUUCUCUACUUUCCUGUCAGAGGGCUGGUGUUGUCAUCAUGACAGAUAACUUUGUUAGCGAUGGAAGAAAUGGUGAGUUGAUUAUUUGAAACUCUUGUUAAUUCGAAGCAAAAUAGCUAUUACAUUAAGUUAACACGACGAAUUUCUUUUCACUCUGAAGCUCGAACCAUUUCAUUACAAGUACCAAUCUCUUUUCCUUAAUAAUGUUCGAAAAUUUAAAUUUGUGAUUCUUUUUACUUCUUGCGUCAAAAAAUAUAAAAAAUACUCGACUAUGUUCGAUAACAUUAGCAAGUUUGAGGGUCGGUUAUUCAAACAAAGUUUAGCCAUUUUUUAACAAAACCGCGUCCCAAACAAUCCUCAAUUUAGCCGAACCUUUUCGUCUGAACAUUCAUUUUUGCGAACAGUGUAAGAGGGCUGAGAGCUAAAAGUGGAAAGACAUUAUCUAAUCAAAUCAACCCUCUUAUAGAGAAAGCCUAAAACCGCGGUUUGGGUUAGACCUCGGGUAAAUAACCAGCACUAAGUGCUUGUUUAGGAUAAGAUAACAAUAGGACGUAAUAACUUAAAUAAUAAUUAAUAAUAAUCAUUGGUAAUUUAAUAAUUUUCAUGAUAAUUCUUUUUACUUACCGUAGCGGGGUAAAUAUGCACGACUUUAGUGUACCUUGAGAUCAUUAAGUUCCAAAGGCUGUGUGCGAAGGUUUCAGCUUGAUAUAAGUCAUGAUUUUUAACAGAUUUCAUCUUAGAUGAAUACAAUGGUGAUAAGGCUAAGCACCUUAAAGUUGUGAUGUCUUUUUUUAUUAUUUUUCAGGCUAUGGCUGCGAUGAAGAUGGUUCUCGAAGAAAACGGAGAUCAUCGGCAGACCCAGGUAGAACUGAAAGCAGAUUUGAGUUUAGUUUCCACAUGAUCACCACAAUUGAUACAGUCUUUGUGAUUGUUGACAGUAGAGACGUUUAUUUCGCAGCUUUGCUUGGAUCAUAAAAUGUGGAUCGUACAAUACAAUAUUCUUUAUUUAACGAAGGUGACGUAAUUAACCCAGUGAGUUAUCUAACUUACGGCCUUCACAGCAGUACAAAUACGUAUAUAAAAUAAUGACUAAACAGCAAAACGAAAUACUGGGAGAGAAACUAAAACUAGAAAUUGUAUGGUUUAACAUAGAUAUAAUAUGAUAUAAACAAUUACUUCCUAACACUGUUACAAUAAAGAGAAAAACGACAAUCAUAACGCAUUAACCCGACUAAAGGAAUAAGAUACGAAGUCUAUGCUUAAAAUUACUUAAUUUAGAUGAAAAAAUAGUAGAAGAAAGAGAUACACUGGCUAUUCGCUCAAGAUCAGUGUCAAGGCUAUUAAAAAGGGUGGCAGCAGAGUAAGCAAAUUUGCGUUUUCCAGAAUUAGACCGCGGGAAGGGAACUUGAAGAUUAAAAGCGCAAGCUCUAAUGCGCAAACCAGUUGAACGAACGGAAGACAAGGAAUUGAAUUUACGUUUAAGACAAAGAGGAGCAUCAGGAUUAUUAAGAAUAGUGAAUAAGAGUACAAGUUUUCUUAGUUUUAUAAAGUCGAAAAUAGGAAGCCAUUUUAGUUUGGAAAAUAAGUUUACAGAUGGUUGGAAGAAGUCGUCAUUAAGGAGCAGUCUAGCUGCACGUUUUUGAAGGCGAAGAAGACGAGACAAUAAAUAAGUAGAACAACUACCCCAUAAUAGGGAAACUACAUUAAAUGCCUAUAAAGGAUCAAAAGGCUUGGUUCGUAACAUUGUUUAGAUUCGAUAUGGAUAAUAUGGAAACCUUAUCAAAGACCAUACAGAGUAUCUAAACAGUUUAGUUACUUAAUAGGGAUAAAUCUUUUUAUUCACUAAUUUAGGUGUCUGUCUCUUAACCCUAGGUUCAAUUGAUGCACCGGAAAAUAACUUGUUUUCUAAGAAUUUCACCAAUCUAGUAGCGUUUAGUGAUGAUUUGAAGUAAAUUUUGCUUCAUUUCAAACUUGAGGCUCGUUUUUUUUCCUUCAAUUGUGCACUGUUACUAUUAAUCCAACAGUUAUGAAGAUGUGCUGUGAAUGGGGAAGAAAAGCUGGUGGAAAUGUAACUUGCGCGAAACUUUCGUUGGACGCCAACAAAAAUUUGCCUGAUGACUGCAGGGAGGCCUUCUGGACCUGUUGCGUAGAAAAGUAUGGCAGAAAUGGUAAGUAAAAACAGCGUUGCCUCCCUAAAUUCAACCCAGUUGUUAAACUGCAUGCUUAAGUCUUGCGCCUAAACUGUUGGGAAAGGAGCUUAAAUUAUUAAAAAAAAGAAAAAAAAAAGAUGAAAAAAAAAUACAAUUAGCACUCAUACUCAUACUUUUCGAUUUGACUGCAAUAUUUCAAUGAAUGCUUUGCCUAAACGUAAUAUGACAGAAAAAUAUCGGCGACAGUGAUGGUACUGUUAGAGUUCGACCGAAGUGCGUUACUCUGAAAAAAUGGAGAUACGUUUUUAGAACUGCGACCUUAAUAUCUUUUAUCAUCAAAAACAUCUGUUUUUGUAUUUAUCAUUAUAUCAUAUAUGAUAUCAUACACAUUAUAACAGGUAGAGUUCAGUGAGCUCUGAACCAUACCUGGAAAAAUUCCAAACUAUAUUCCAAUGCUUCAUUUUUUCUAUAAGUUGAGACAAUUUUUACCGCGUACAUUUUGAGUUAUCAACCUCGAGAAUGGCAGUAUGUUUGAAGUUGAUUUGCUAACGAGUUUUGACGACAAAGAGAUGCUCUUAACCCUUUACACCCUAACAUCAUUAAUUAUAUUCUUCAUACUGUUCUCUGUACAUUUACUAAGGUGCUGACGAGGAGAAUUUGUGUAACAAUGAAGAGUUUAAAAGGUAUGUUUUUUCGUUUGUCUUACGAUGUAGUCACGUAUGAUGUAGAUCGCAACGUUUCGACUGCAUACUGCUAGUCUUCUUCAGGUGAUGAGGUCGACUGGUCAUGCGUGAUGGUAUAAAGUAUGAUGCUCUGCUGUGAUUAGUUGUUUUUUCAACAGCUCUGAUUGGUGCAUUUCGAUCCUUGCUGUUCACUCAGUGAUUUGCUCCCCCGGCGGUCCGCUGUUGCACGGCUCUCCUGUUGUUGUGUUUUUUGAUCGUGGGCGUCCACGCUUCUGGAAUUUCUAUUCCACUAUCCCUGUUGAUGUUGUUAGGGUGAAGCCUUAUAUUGACCCUGCACAUGUAGUAAUAAGGGUCACGAUCAAUAAACUUUACUUCGUUCCAAAGUGGCUUGUGUCCGGUGUUGUGCUCUGAAACGGCGGAGGUCUCGGUACGGGCGAGUCGAAUGUCUCGAUCGUGCUCCUUAAUUCUGUCUUCCUAGAUUUUCAGCUGUUGAAAAAACAACUAAUCGCAGCAGAGCAUCAUGCUUUAUAAGAUCACGCAUGACCAGUCGACCUCAUCGCCUGAAAAAGACUAGCAGUAUGCAGUCGAAACGUCGCGAUCUACAUCACACGUGAUUACAUCGUGAGACAAACGAAAAAACUUAGCUUUUAUUAUUAUUCACCGCGAUGAAUAAUCACAGCCUUUUCUACGAAAUGAAGAGUUUCUUUAGUUGGUGAUCAUUUCCUCUAUUCUCGUGGCAUUUAUCUCUGACUCAGUGGUGAUAUUGUAAGGACAAAUUAGAUGCCAGUCACUCUAAGGGGUUAAAGGGUUAACGAUCUUUACGAUAUAAAACGGCGUAUUUGAUAUAAAGACUGAAAAGCGACUUGUGUUGGAUAAAACGUUUAGAUUCCGCCCUGCUUGGAAGAAGUGGUGCACCGAGUGUAGAUGAUGAUGAGCGGUACCUCGCUGAGGAAGGGUAUCAAGUUAGAACCGACUUUCCAGAAACCUGGCUUUGGGAUGAGCGUGUCGUUGGGUAAGAUGAUAAACUGAUACAAAAUUUAUUAUAUUAGCAUUAUAAAUAUUAUUAUUACUAUUAUUAACGUAAAUUUGUUGAUCAUUAUCAAGGAUUUUUAAACGUAUCGAUGGCUAUGAAUAAGCACACACUCAAAUUCAUGAAACAAAAAACGUAACAAGCGUCGAAAAAAUUUAUUUAACCAAGUACGUAUGUGCAUGUAGCGUCGAACAAGAAAUUUAUUUCUUCAGAGUUAAGUAUACAGCUCACAUUUCACAGGUUACUGAAAGAGGGGUUUCCUAAGAUAGAUCCCUUGUGAAAAGCCCACAGCUAAAACUGACUUAGAAGGCCACGGUUUCAUCAUUUUUCAGUCGCUCCGUGAUGUACCUCUGCACAACCAGUGAGAAAUGUGACUCAGAACAAAAAACUUUUCAAACAGAGCGCUCUCUGAAGCGUCCGCUCGCUACCAAUGUUCGCUAUCAAACAAAUGUUGCCACUUCUAUUUUGAGUUUCCACGAAAAACCUGAAGAACCGACCAUAAAAAGAGUUGAACAAAUAUAAUUUAUAUUAUAAAAUAUAUAUUAUAAAAAACUUUUCAAACAGAGCGCUCUCUGAAGCGUCCGCUCGCUACCAAUGUUCGCUAUCAAACAAAUGUUACGACUUCUAUUUUGAGUUUCCACGAAAAACCUCAAGAACCGACCAUAAAAAGAGUUGAACAAAUAUAAUUUACAACUGUUACUCCUUCAAUGGCUUGACAAAAAAUUGUCUUACCUUUUUACAGGGAGGAUGGAACUGCAGAAAUAAAAGUCACAACACCCCACACUAUAACCACCUGGGUCAUACAAGCCGUGGCCAUCAAUAACGAAACAGGAUUGGGCCUUGCCUUACCGCUACAGAUUGUUUCAAAGAAAGACUUUUUUGUUUCUCUCACAAUGCCUUAUUCGGUGAAAAGAGGAGAACAGAUUUCUAUUCUGGCGACAGUUUUCAACUAUAAGAUAAAUAAUGGCGAUCAGUAUCGGGUAGGCUUAACCUUAGCGGUUAUUACAUUAUUAUGUUCAGGUGACGAUGGUUCGGUUAUACAUGAGGUCAUACCAUACCAUAAGCCAUGAUUUUACUCAAUCAGUGGCCCUUUAGGUUUUCCCUCUAAGUGCAUGGACCGAUUUGACUAAAUAAAUGAUCUUUCUACUGUCAGUUUCGGCCCUCUUGACACUGUUCACAAGAAUAAAUGUCCAGAAAAAAGGUUCGGCUAAAUUGAAGAUGGUUUCGAACGCAGUUUGAUUAAAAAGGGGUAAACUUUGUUUUAAUAAUCAGACCUAUAUUUCUAAGCGUAUCAAACGUUAUAAAAUACGGCUUCAACAUCUCACCCUGCAUAAUUCAUUUUCCGAGUUCGUCAGUUGGCUCACAUUUAUUAUUGGUGUUUACACCAAUACAUUGGUCUUAGAACUGAUAGAACUUAGUUCUCGUACCUUAAUGUGUGCUUCAGGAGUGAUAUUGUAAGGCGAAAUUAGGUGCCAGUCACACUUUGAGGUUUAGAGGACCAAGCGAGUUCUUUAUUAUAACUGACUAAGCUAGUCUUUUUUUUUUUUUUUUUUUUUUCUUUUUUUUUUUUUUCAUUUCCUGUACUUAGUAUUUUAUUACAAAUGUUCAUUUACGAGUAAAUGAACCUUUUGAGCCAAAUGGGUCAUUCAUUGCCUCUGGGAAAACAGUACUAAACAUUCGUAUGGUUUAUUUUCUCUCCAAAAGGCAAAGGUAUACCUCAGAGGUAACAAAGACUUCUGUUCCACUGCUGACGAUGACAGCCUUGUUUUGAUCGGAAUACUCUACCCUCAACCAAACGAUGCCAGAUCUGUUGCAGUCCCAAUUAUUCCCAAAACAGCUGGAAAAAUAGAAAUCGAAGUCACAUCGAUUCUUGAAAUAAAAGAAGGUAGUAAAGACUUUUGGGAAAAAAGGGAAGUGGAUGCCGUAAAACGAGAGCUUCUUGUUGUGGUAAGUGAGUUUAAAUUUGCAGAAUAUAAUUACGAAACAUUUUGCUUACUUUAUAUGGAAGGUGGAGAAAUACUAUUUGCUUUCUAUUCCUCUCAAAUAAAAAAUGAAAAAAAUUCUGUCCUAAUUCAAAGAAGAUAUUUACGUAACAUGAGCGCCUAAAGUUCAAAAGUGAAUCCUUAAAUGUAUAUCGUAUCACGUAAAAAAUCCUUCUGGAAUAUGUGAUUUGUAAUUGAGCACUUUUGAUGUGAAUAAGCAGAAUAAUGUUUUAAAUGUUCAAUCAGUAAAUAUUCUUACGUGGAGAAGUGAGGUCGCUAUAGAAAGAACUAACAGGUUUCGUACAGGCGAGAUUUGAUAUUUAAGCCCUGUUUUAAAGAAAUCAAUUGCUCUUGCAUAACUUGGCAAGACAAAAUCAUGUUGAAGUCAUGUGUUUUUUCGGUCUUAACUUACCUCAACUUUCAGUGUUAACUUUUUUCUUUUUAAAUGUAUGCCAUUGCUUUUUGUAUUUUUUCAUAACUGUUAGCCAGAAGGAAAGGAAAAUCGUACUUCACGAUCCUUUACACUGGAUCCUAAAGGUAAUUCAUUUUGAACUUCCCUCCUCCUAUGACUCACUUUCAGUUCCAUGCUCUUGAGAUUGGCGCAAAAAUGAAAGUGCAAAAAAACAAAAAAUAAUUGACUGAGGAAUUAAACAAGGGAGCCUGAAAAGUUUAACUUUUAAAUAAAAAGGUCAGUUUAUAAAUGCAGGCUUCUUUGCAAAUUUUAGUCUGAGGAAGUAUUGUAAUUUGACUUGUCGUCUUGUGUAUUUCUGAAAUAUUGGUCAGUCGGUCGGUCGGGCAGUGGGAAACGAAAAAUUUCUCAGGGAUGGCCCUCCGUGAUAGUUAUUGAUAUAGAUGUUCUUUGCUUUCACUCGCAGGAAUUCUCAAUGAUGACAGUAAUAAUGGAGGACACAGUUCUACCACAUCGCCAAGGAACAUUUCAAGUAUGUUUCAUCCUAAAUAUUUUGGAGGAUACAAUUUAAAUGUCUAGAAAAAAGGUUCGGCUAAAUUGAAGAUGGUUUCGAACGCAGUUUGAUUAAAAAGGGGUAAACUUUGUUUUAAUAAUCAGACCUAUAUUUCUAAGCGUAUCAAACGUUAUAAAAUACGGCUUCAACAUCUCACCCUGCAUAAUUCAUUUUCCGAGUUCGUCAGUUGGCUCACAUUUAUUAUUGGUGUUUACCCCAAUACAUUGGUCUUAGUACCUUAAUGUGUGCUUCAAGAGUGAUAUUGUAAGGCGAAAUUUAUUAUUCUGUGGUACUAUGUGUAUUUCUAAAACCUAAAAGAUGACACAAGUAAAUGUUAUUUAUUGUAGUUGACUUCGCAAUUCCCCCUAAAGCCAUAAGUGGUUCAACUGGAGCUGUCGUAUACUUGACUGGUAAGUCAACAUACAGAAUUUAGUAAAUAAUUGAAGGAAUUAUGUUUUGGCUUUUUAAAAAAAAAUCAUAAAAUGUUUUACUUUUAAAUUUUAGGAAACCCUGAUGAAAAAAGCUAUCGUUUGUAAAUAUUUUCUAAUCUCGAUGAAUUCUAGGCAAAUUUUUACCUGUUGCGUUCGUUUGCGCAGUGCCAACGCUGUUUACUGUAAUGUGAUUGACCACUGUCUACGUGAUGUAAAUUAUAAAGGGAGCUGUGGUAAAGUUUUGAACACGAAAACCGUGAACGUCCAGCAAAUUAUCUCGCCCGAAAAGAAAAGAACAAAUACUGUGGCCAUGAUCAAAAGAAAAGCCUUGGGAAAAUGACAACAAGACUCUCACUUAGUGGGAAAUCGAGUUGUAUGGGUUCAUAGUUGUUCCAACUCUAUAUUCCAUUUCCAUCAGGAAACCUUCUUGGUCCAGUUAUAAACACGACUAUCGAGGGUGGUCUGGAGAAAUUUUUCCGCCAACCUACAGGAUGUGGGGAGCAAACAAUGCUUUUUCUUGCCCCUAACGUGUACGUUCUAGAAUAUCUUAUGAACACCAAACAGAUCAGUGGCGCAAGCGCAGAAAGUGCACACCGCUUCAUCCAGUCAGGUAUUUACAGUUUUCUUUCUAACAUGAGACACUUAGUUUUUUGUCAAAUUUUAGUCUCCCCUAAAGGUUCUCUCAGCGAGAAAGCUUUUUUAUAGCACUUUCUUCUAAUUAACAAAUAUAGAAGCCUUGUCUGUGUUCUGUUCUGUUGUAAAGCACUUAGGGAAGCGGCUAGAGCACGAAAGAAGUGUAGACAGAACAGAACAAAGUCAAGGCUUCUCUAUUUGUUUUAUAAUAAAGAAUCCGUUAAAUUCCUCAAGCAUUACUUUCAAUUUUCGAAACAAACUUUAUUUCCAAAGCGAACAACAGUGUCGUCAGCAUGCUCUCUGCUCUCAUAAAGCAUGCUACAAUAAGCCAAUCAGAAUCCCUGUUGGGAUGGUUCAAAUAAUCUGAUUGGCUGUACAAGACUAAAGCUGUCAAAAAUUUCAAACCAUCAAAGUUCACAUUCUGCAAUAGUUUACAAACUUAAUAGUUCGACAGGUUGAAUUUAACUCUUUUGGCUGAAGUUUUUAAGUCUCUAAUACAGAAUCUGAUUGUGAAAUGUUUUGUGAAAUCCGGCCGAAUUGUGGCUUAUAAAAACACGCAAGUUUUUUCACAUGACAAUUAGAAAACAAACUGUUCAAGCGUGUGUUUAAUGAAUGAAUGACAGACGAAUUUUUUCCGGAACAUGAAGAUUGCUCGGGAUGACAGAGCCGUAACACUCGGCUGCAGUGACGCAUCGGUAAGGAUAUCAGAGAAAGCUCUUAGUUGUUCUCUCGAAGGGCGGCCGAUGUAAUUUCUGAGACUUACUUGACUGCGAUGACCGGAGAUCGCCCCGAUGAGCUAGUUGCGUUGGACCUCAGCGUGAUCGCGGUCGCUCUGACACCGUCAUGAUUAGAAUGAAUUUUAACAGUUAUAUUAGUUUGGCUAUAUUGUUCAUAAUUCCUGUUUUGUUCUGUUUUGUUUUUGAACACGAAACUGUAUAUACUACACAAGUGUUAGCUGUGUUUGAUUUUUAUUACCGUGUGUAAGCUUGCUAUCUAACUGAGUGUGAAAAUAUCCAAAACAGUCGGACCCUACCUUUUGAUUUCUCUUUGAUGAUUUUCGUCUCUGCUCACGUUGUAAUAACGUCAAUUACGGCACCUGGCAUGUUUACAAACCUUUGUUUGGUUCUUCUGUUGCCAUCUGCCGAUUCGCUUGUUCCGAAAUUUCACUUGCAAUUAAAGAAUUAAACUAGAGAAAAGUCUCAGAAAAGGUCGAACAUAGUACAAUUUGGCAGACGGCGUGACAACUUUAGCUCAGCUCUAUGCCCUAUACUCUCAUAGAGCACGCUCUUUCACCAAUGGCAGCGCGCGUUGCAUCAGAAUUUUAUUUUUAUUGUAUAAAGUACGGUGUUAUACAAGGAUUUCCAGCCUGAGAAAAGCCGUAACAAACACACGUGUUUUCACGCGUGUUUGUUAUCGCCAACCGGCUGAUGGUAAUCAUAGGCUGCAAAGGUUUUAUUUCAGAUUUCAUUUUCUACAACGAAACGCGGCGUGAACUAUUUAAGAUGGUUCAAAAUAGUUUGCAUUACCUUUGUCGUGAAACUUCAUUGCUAUUUACUUCCUUAGAUAUAAUGGUUGUUAGCUAUUUCAUUUUAGUGGCUCUCUCCUUUAAAGAAAGCUGUAAUAUUGAAUUUAACAUAAGACAAAGGUAUUUCAGUUUCAAACCGGGAUAAUGACACCCAUAGAAAAUUGCAGGGUACUUUCGACAGGUUAUUUUGAUAUGUAAAUGUAGCAUGCCGCAGUCCAUGUUUUCGGGAUUGCUCCAAAUUUUUACUAGAGAAAUCUAUCAGUAGCUAGUCUCUCGUGCUUAGUUAGCCUAUAGCAAACAGAACAAAAUCAACGGCGAUUAACAAAUUAACAUAAAUGGUUUAUUAUUUUAUUGCAAACCAAUCUUGAAAUUUAAGUUUCAUUUUCAGGUUAUCAACGUGAAUUAAACUACCGUCGUGACGACAGGUCAUUUAGUGCAUUUGGAAAUGAACGACCAGGAAGCACAUGGUUUGUAAACUCAUUGUAUCAGCUGUAUUAUUCCAUAUUUUCAUAUCGACCUUUCCUUUCAGCUAGGUAUAAACAAUAGUCUCUUAUAAUUAAUAGUCUUUAUCUGGCGCGAAAAUAUGCACGGAUGUCCGCGGACAUUAGCCGAUUCAAGAUGCAAAUGGUUUUCUAAGAGCAAAGCUCGAAAAAAAGUGUGAGCUACAAGAAACAUAUAAGUCCAAGGAAAAAUAUAUGAGCAUAUAUUUGCGUCAAAUGGAAGCUAUUGUGUUUAUUAUACUUUAAAUUAUUUUGCAAGGAGCAGGAAAAAUAUUAACGAACAGCUUAAUGUUUGCUGCGUGAGAUGUUACCUUUUCAGUGUUCACUAAUACUACUUAAUGAUCAAACAAACGUGUCCCUUUCUGUAGCAACGGCGAAACUCUCUCUCAUCUCGAAUUAAAUUUUAAACGAAGACUUUUAUAGUAGAGGACGUAAAAUUUGAAAAUUGGAGAAUAUCUCUUGGAGUUAUCCUUGCUUAUCCCCCAGUUUCCCAGACAUUUGCAUUUGGACCAAUCGCGCGCGAGCAAGAUUGGAAAUGAUUAGAGAGGUAUUUUUCAUGGAAAAAUUUCCACGUAACACCUGUAUAAAGCACCAGUUUCCCGGCAUGUCUUCACUUGCGUAUUUCAAGCGUACAACACAUAUUGGUUCCUCGGUUUCAGACCGUUCCUGUCGUAGGGACGGUUUUAACUUAGGUCCGGAAGAGUAUCCUCGACUGGGAAGGAAAAGAUAGGCAUGAGGAGAAGUGUCAAACGAGGGAAACGGUUAGAGAUUACCGAGCACAGGCAGAGCAAAAUUUAGGCAUAACGGUGGUAGAAUUAAUAUAAGCUCGGAUUGGCAUAAGAAGUUCGUCCAUUUCAAAACGGCUGGCUGUGAGAUAAUCCAGUAAAAAGCGUUUAAACGCACCUGUGAGUAGAUCUAACUCGCUACAGUACUCCUGUUGGUGUUUAUACGUGAUCUAAAACCGUUAAAAUCAAACAGCAUUAAAUAAUCGAUUUUCACGCGUCAAACACUGGUUAGACAACGACUUUCAAAAACGCUGUGUAAAAUUGCUUAAAUAAUGGGCCCUUCAGCUCUGAAACGUUGGCUAAUCAGUUUUUCUAUGUGUGCGACCAAGGUUGACUGCUUUUGUGAUGAAGGUCUUCUGCAAGGCUAAAAAGUUUUUGGGUGAUGAAAUUGAAGAAAAAAUGCUGUGCGAGUCUGUGAGUUGGCUGAUUGAAAACCAAGGCAACGAUGGAGCUUUCCCCGAGGUUCACCAUGUCAUUCAUAGAGAGAUGGUGGUAAGAAGAGAAAAGUCUAAGAAGUUAAAGAUGUAAAUAUGGUCUCAACCCGAAAUUGAAUUAAGGGCAAAACAAGUUUUUUUGUUGUUGUAAAAUUAAGCACAAUCACCCGAGGCUCUGUGAUUUUUUUUCCUUUCGAAUGGAAACGUCGUUUUUUUUUUCAUUAUCCCUACAUUUGCUUGCAUCUAAAGAGUGUACCGCUGUAUUUAUGCACAGCAGCCCGUUCGGGCCUUAGAACCGCUGUCUCCAAGGCGACCAUGUUGUUUUGUUGAUACAAACGUUCUCUUGUCGUCGUGGAACAUUAUUUGCGUAUGUUUUCAUGACUCCUUUAUGAAGAAACAACCUCCUCGCUUUAGAUCAUUAAACAAAUCAAAACGAGGAGGUUGUUCUUCAGCAAUGCCCAAAAUUGAUCAAAAAGAAAGGAUGGAAAAUCCUUUCACAGUUAUUUGCUAACCAAAAAUCGUUUUUUUUUUUUUACUCAUGAGCGUAGAUAAACAAUAGCGAGCUUAUUAUCUAUUUAUUUAAUAGUUAGUUUACGUUUGAUACUCACGGACACUCAUGUCAAUUUACAUUCCAGGGGGGUGUAUACAAUUCAGAGGGAGACGUUGCCAUGACAGCCUUUGUGUUAUCUGCUCUGUUGGAAUGUAAUUGCAAAGCGGUAUGUUAAAAAAAAUUUCAUAGUUAUGUAUUAUAUUGCAAUGCAUUAAAUUAUAGUGCAAUCAAAUGCUAUGCGAUGUAAUGAAAUGCAAACAAUUGCGGUGCAAUAUUAUCAGGAGGACACCCCUCAUAGUUGCAAUUUUCUUUUCGAUUUUUGUCCCGACGAGAAGUGCUGCUUCCUCGUAUAUCGAUGCCGACCAAAACAAUUUAAAACAAGCUAAAAUUCGGCACUAUUUUUUUCCCUCUUAGGUUCCACAGGCACACUUACUUAAGGCCACAAACUUCUUGGAGAGUCGGUACAAAAACUUGAAUAGACCUUACAGUAUGGCUCUCACGGCUUAUGCUCUGAGCUUGGUUGAUAGCAGAGAAAAAGUCGAUGCUAAUGAUCGACUUCUUCAAAGGUCUCAGUACGAUGAUGGUUAGUUUUUACUUUAGUCCUUAUUAACUUCGUAAAGUAAUAAUUGAAUGUACACAUAAAUGUAUAUAAUUUGGUCUACUUUCAUAGAUCCCAUCUCUUAUCCAGGUUGCUCCGCCUGCUUGUCAUAACGCGAUAACGUCUUCGUGACGAGAAACUUUAUUAUCACAUAUUUUGUUGUCGUGCUCAUCAUGAUUGCAGUGUGGUAGAGAAAAAUAUUGACAAACAAAAUCAGCGAUGCAGGUUGAACCAAGGUUCUUCAACUUCUGCGAUUGAGGAGAAAAAUGAAAUAUCUAGGGGUUAGACGACGAAUUCUGCACGAAAAUAAUCCUUCCGGGCCUUGCAUUUUUCCAAAAUUUUUUCCACGCACUGUUAUUUUUCUUCGCCACCUGGAAAAUUGAUGACCGUGAUGAUUGAGAUCGAUUCUUUUGGCUUUUAAUUCGAGUAUUUGUCUAAUGUGAGGAUUUUCUACGUUCAACGGGGUCUGCUUAGAUCAGUUUUUGGGCUGAUAUGGUUUCAGUGAUUCUGCUGUCCUAGCUCAGUGUUCACAUCAGAAAAGGGGAGUAAAUAGUUUGUAUUGGCAAGAAAAUUAAUAUAAAUAAGAACGGCAAAAAGGACGUAAAACCUCUUGAGCGAUUCAAGGAUCGAGUUUCUGUCUAGGAAACAACAGAACGCCAGCAGUUUUUGCAAAAAUCUUAACAUGUUACAGUUCUGUCUAACAAGGCGAUUUAUUAUUGUUUAAACUAAAAAAAAAUACAUAUUUUCAACUUCAGUUAAAAAGACUCGGCACUGGAAUACUGGUGGAAAUGCACUUAAUGUGGAGACAGCUGGUUAUGCAUUGAUGACUCAAGUGCUUCUCGGACGCACCGUUUAUGCAGGUCCUAUUGUAACGUAUAUAACAGGUCAGAGGCAGGGUGGUGUCGGAUUUGUAUCUACACAGGUAAGAGAAGUUUACGGAUCUGCUCCUCGUCUACCUCUUUCCUUUUUUCAUAUGAGCAUCGAAAUAUGUGAUCUGUUUCUUACCACACUGAAAAUUUUUCACAGGAUACAGUGGUAGCUCUCCAAGCUCUUGCAUUGCACAGCGAGAAAACUACAGGAAACAAUAAUUUAGACUUACGAGUAAAAGUAGAGACAGAAAAAGGAGAUGUCAGAGAAUUCCAUCACAUUAACCCAGAAAACGCACUUUUACGGAGGGAAGUCAAGGUGAGAUAGAAAACGUCCGGAAAUACUCCAAAAAAGUUAUACGAUAACAAAUCCUAGAUGCAACUGGUCAUGAAUUUCAACUGAGGUUCAUUCGUUCUAGUCAUCCAUUCACUUCAAAUUUCUGUAUUAGCAGAUGUUUAGUAAUGUUGCAAAUAGUGCCAUCGCCAAAUAAAAAAGUAGAACAGACUGAAGAAGACUGAUCGUUAAGCACACUACAAUGAAGGGCUUCUCAUCCAAACUUUUGUUUCAAUUCUGUAGAAUUAAUAUAAUCGAAUCAAGAUUUUUGUUUAUAAAAAUUUUUGGACGCAGAAGAUAGGGUGUCACAAGAACGGAUCUCAGAAAUAUUUGGGAAGAGUUCUUAAAUGCUACAAGGUGCAUUUCUAUGUCUGACGUCAAACAUCAAAUUAGCUGUCAGUUCCUAGAAGGAGAAUUUUAGCGAUAAAACACCUGUGUCAGCAAAUAGAGGAAUUGCGUGUUGGAUGCGACCAGAACGAGUUUUCCCCAGAAACAAGAAACAAAUUCCUCCUCACCUCUGAUAACAUUUCUAACUUGAAUGGGUGGGGCCCCAAAUUUCGCUAAUAUGAUGGAUGUUGAGUAAGCAAUAUUUUUGGAUCAUUACACAUUGGCAAAAUAAAACUGUACAUUGCUAAUAUAGCGCUUUUAGUACUCUCGGAUAUCUAACGAUUUUUCCAUAAGACAGGGCUAUGUUAACUUUGCUUUCAGAAUAAAUGCUAGCAGAGUUAUUGCUCCCCUGUUCUGCUCAUUUCAGAUUCCAGAGCAGGCUCUUCCCGGCAAGCUCUUCGUGGAGACUAAAGGAAGUGGUGUGGGACUCUUGGAGGUAAUAUUAACUUCUUUUUUUAUUUAAACUUAGGAGGUAACUAGGAGAGUCUCAAUGGGGUGAGGGUUUUUACGACUAACGGUUAAAAUUUUGGUCAUUUUACGACUAACGGUUACUGAUUAAUUCGUUGUUGUCCAUUGACUGACGGUUAAAAUUUGUCAAUUUUGACGCUUAACGGUUAUUUCUUUGGCCGUUUCAGGCUAUCAGUUAACCCUAUUUAGACCCUCAACUUUGUAUGAAAUACUCAGCCUUUGAAGUAUUUGAAUAUCAGCUCUAAAAACUUUUAAAACGCCCAUUAAUUAGUGAUGUAAUAGUUGUCUCAAAUGUAGGCUCGACGUUAGGUUAAAUUUUCUAAUUUAUAAAUAUUAUUUUUUAUUUCAAAAUGCCAAUUUUCGUUUUUACUAGUAAUUCAGACUACUCAGUGUUCAUUUGAUAUUUAAAAUGUUUCGAUUUAAGGUGGAAACUCGUUACAAUCUUCCCUCGUCAAGAGAUGAAAUCUGUAUGUUUGAAUUGAGUAUAAAAGUCGUUGAAAUAAAAGGAGAUGAAAAGGAAGAUCUACUUGGACCCAUGCAAAGCGAUGCCGCGGAGAGAGAACGUCAGGAAGAGGAAGAAAAAAAAAACAACCAAAGAGGAAGUGGUAAAAAGAAAGGGAGAGGAUGUAAAAAGAUAAGAAAUCGACAGAAGAAGAAGCAAUGUAAGAGAAGGAGAAACAACAAAGGUAACCCCAAGAAAGGCAAGGAGCCUCAAUCUCCACCUAAAUACCAGCCAGUCAAGAAUAUCAGAUUGGAAGUCUGCACCAGGUGAGAGAAACCUUCUGUAUACGCUAGGUGUUUACCCUUUCUCGACUUAUCCUUCUGUUUGACACAGGCUUUAGGUCGGUUUUCCAUAAAGUUAUCCAAAGUAAUCUUGAAUUGCUUUGCUUACCGGCAUUGCCCUAUAAUGAAAGUUGUGAUCUUUUGGUUUGCUAUACAGGCAACCUCCUUCUCAAUCAGAAAGACAUAAUCUAAAGCUAGUCCUAACAUUAGCUUUCUCGCGCUUCAAGCUAGUUGCGUGUAUUAACUUUACAUUGCUUUUUGGUGUUCACUUUUGUUGUGAUUGCUUGCAGUUAAUGAUGUGGUUUGGUUUAUGACGGGUAAAACUGGACUUGUUCCUUGUCCUCAUAUCCAAUCACCUUAAUUGCUUUUCUUUUUUUUUUUUUAGGUAUAAGAAACCUGGUAAUACUGGAAUGGCCAUCAUGGAUAUUGGAAUCUUAACCGGAUUUAAACCAAAGAACAAAUCACUAGCCAAGGUAAAGUGAGGGAUAGUGGUAGUAGUUGCAGAAUACAGUGCCAACACAUCAGAAACCCAUACAUUUGUAUCUUCAAAAAAUAAAAGGAGAGAGAGAGAGAGAGAGAGAGAGACACGGAUCCUGGAGUUAUUGCCUCCUUGCCUUUCUUACCAAACUGUUGUCUUUAUGAAGUUUGAUGAAGUUUUCAAGCCACCAGAACACAGGCACUGGGUGGAAAGGCGAGAAUUCACUCGGUCAAAUUAAUGAUUAUGUAAACUAAGAACAUCUUUCACAUCUGAAAACGAGUAGAAAUUUUUAGAGGCCUUUUUAUGAAAACGAGUGAAGAAAAAUAAAGUUACGGUAGUUGUAACGAGAGCAAUAUUACAAGCAGUAGUAGCUUUGACGGUAGUGCUGUCGUUAUGUGUAUAAAUGUAGCUGUUUAUGUAUUUACGUAUGACAUAUAUAUCUCAGUAGACGUUUUGGACUGUAAUAUCGCUGAGUAUUUUUACGAGUUGUGUCGUAUUUUGACGAGUCAAAAUACGAAUAAAUACAAACCAACCCGUCUUAUAAGUUAUCUAUUAUCCAACUUCUUUUUUUCUGCUAAGUCUUUCUGCUCAUUUCUCUUAAGACGGGAAAAGCAAAGCGGAUAGAGAAGCGUAUAACGCGCAGAGCCGACUGGUUAGACAGGUUUUUUUACAGUACAAAACAACUAACUGUCCUAAUAACCGUACAAUAUCGCAGGAUAUUUGUACUCUAUUCGCCUGUUAUUUGUACUCUACUUUGUGCAGUUGGAUAAUAAAUGGUAUAUUUUCUACCUUUGGCAGUGGAAAACCGACUUGCCCCAACUGGAUAUGAUUGAGGAGUCAGACAGAUCCUUGGUUCUUUAUCUCAGUGAGGUAACAGAUCAGUGAGAACACAGAGGGUUUAUUUCAAUUACUUUCGAUCUCUUAAACGCGCUUCACCAUCAUCAUUUUGUUCUUAUCACCUUCUGGCUUUGUAACAUUGUUUCGACAUUUUUGGAAAUCUUGCCUGCCCAAUUCUGUCAUUUAUUUCAGAUCCCUAGUGACCAUGAGCUGUGCGUAAAUGUUCUGUUUGAAAAAGAGUUUUACGUUGGUGCAGUUCAAUCAGUACCGGUGAAUGUGUAUGACUAUUAUCAACCAGGUUAGGAUGAAUUUUUAUAAAAAAGAAAUGAUUUAAAUAUUUUUUUCCGUCGAUGUGUUUAAAUUUCGAUGGGAUACAGGGAUGCACACCUUGCAUGAAUUUAGAUGAAAAAUCAGGAAUAGGAAAUAAAUAUGAAAUGAAGCAAAGGAUUUACAAAUUUCAAUUCUUGAAUAAGUGUUCUACCAAUAAAACGAGCUGUGUUGGGAUUAAAAUCUUACCCUCUAUUGUCUUGAUAAAGCCAGUGUGAUUUCCAUGUUCAUUCGAUCAAACUAUGGUAAUAAAUAGAAAUGAAAGUAGAAUAAACUUCAAACUGGGUUUAUAAAUUUUUACCACGGAUAAAUCAGAAAUACAACUCGGCUCCGUCAAGUUGUCAUAAAUCCUACCGGAAUAUAAAAGAUUGUCCUUUUCCUGACUCUAAACUUUCAGAAAAUUAAUAGCUUCUUCCUAUUGCAUAUGAUGCAGAAUUAAUCAUAUUUGAUCCGUGGAUAAAUGAAAUUGACAGAAACUGAUGUCUGCAAAAAUAUAGGCUUCGGUGGACCUCGACCCCAGUGCCUCCCUAUCUGCCAUAUACCUGUUGUGUAGGCUCUAACAUUUGAAGUUCUACAAUUGUAAUUAUUUCGCCACUCUUUCCUUCUUGAGCUCAGAUCAGUCCUGCAGCGAAUUUUAUGGGCCCGAAAAGUCAAGUCCGUUGAAGUUGGGAGUUUGUGAUAUUGGCUCCUCUUCGUGCAAAUGCACUCAAGGUUCGGAAUUUGACACAGAAUUAUCUUGAGACAAUUUGCUCGGCGAUCCUUAGGUGAAAUUAUUUCAACAUUGUAUUUUCUUUUUGCAGAUAAAUGUCCUCAGGAUGAUCCCCCGAUUGACAACAUUAACAAGCUAAUAAAUAUUGCCUGCGACAAUUACCAAUACAGUAAGAUAUAGGAUUUUGUUCGUAGUCGUUCGCACUCACAUAUCCAAUUCAGAACCUGUCCUGGAGCCCUUCGGGAAAAUAGUUGUUGACGUGGCGAAAACACGUGAGGCCUGUUUCUCGAAAGAACGGUUACUUAACGCUUAAAAGACCCCAAGCUGUAUUAAAGAUAAAAAUGUUUUGUAAUCCCCACCUUGAAUGAAAACAAAACAGAUUUACUGGCCUGUUAAGUUACCAGGACCUUCGAGAAACAGGCCUCUGGUGUUUUCACCAAGUCAACAAUUGUUUUCUCAAAGUCCAUGAACAUCGCGCUUCAUGUAGGGUUUUGUGAGAGGGGGGUAGUUAUGUAAAUUGGAUUGUUUUCAAGAUGCAGUUUUAGGAGUUUCUUUGACUGAGUUUUCAUCGCUUCAAGAGAUUUUUUUUUAUUUUUGAGACCUCCUAGAAGGCUGCUUACCCCGAAGCUAGAUCGGUUUAGUUUCGUGUUUUUUGUUUGUUUGUUUGUUUGUUUUUUUGUUUGAUUGUUUGCUUUUUCAUUGUUAUUUUUAAUAAUUAAUAAAAAUAAGCCUGAUUAGGAUAUUUGUAAAUCAAUUUUUAAACACUAAAACAUAUCUAUGUUUAAGACGCCUAGUACCGAAAUAGUAUACUACUUUCUAGGGUUAACAUCAUUUAAGUAAGGAAAUGAGUAAGUGCUAGGUUAGGAGACGGAAAAGGAUCUCUAGUAGAGUACAAAUCAAAUGAUACAAUCAUACUUGCAAAGACCUCGCUUUAGCCCAAAUCUUUUAUCACCAUUCAUUUUUUAUUUAUUCUUUUUUUCAAUGCCAGUCAUAAAAGGAAAGCUCUUGCGGGUCGAUGAGGUAGAAACCAUGCUUGAGUACGUUGUCGAGGUUGUGCAAAUCAUUCUAAAAGGAAACAAGAAACUGAAACUCAGACGUAAAGACGGUAAGAAAACACAGAUAGAGUUUACGAAGCGAGAAACGUGCCGGAGUCUUAAACUUGAGACUAACAAGGAAUACUUGAUCAUGGGUCGAGAUGAAGGAGGCAAGUACGAGCUGGACGAGAAUUCGUUCGUCAAACUGUGGCCUGAAGUCGGCGAGAACAAAGCUAAAUUGGAUAAAUUUGCUCGAGAAUUUAAGCCCUCAAAAUGCUAAAUUAUGAGGAUUGCAUGAUGUAGAGUGAUACUAUGCCAAGCAAGAUAUUUCUUGAUAUCAAAGUAGAGUAAAAAUUUUAUUUGUUUCUUUCCUACUGUUAAAGAUUUUUUUUUUCUUUUUUUUUUGUUAUUUGCAUGCUGCUUUAACCUUUAUGGUCAGCCACAACGUAGCUCGCGAAGGGAAACUUGGACCACGUUCGUUUAUAAUGGACCAGCUCAGUUAAGGUUUGCGCAUUUUGAAAUACACAAGCUUAAAUUUUCCCAUUGCAACACUGAUCUGUAAUUGGCGUUCAACAGGCUUAACUUUCCCAUCCUCCUGUAUUUGAUGGUAGCUACCAGGUUGGAUUAUCUCUUCCUGAGCAAACCCUAAUGUUAGUCUGCUCUGUCAGAAUUAAAGGCACUUUUUGACGUUUUUUUAGGAUUCAUUUAUAGGCUGAGUAUUUUACAGAAACUGUUGUAGUCUAAAUUACUUUCUAUGGGAUUCCUGAAAAAUGCUUCCUCGGCCAAUCUGUUUUCUUUGUGCUUAAUGAGGAAGCGUUUCAGUUUCCACCCCAUCUAGCAAUCAAGUUCUUUUUUCCGAGGUUCGCGUUGAAGGCAGACUGCUGACCAGUGUGCAUUUUGCGCCAGAUUGCUGAGUUUCCUUCUAAGUCAGCUUCGCUGUUUUGGGGCUGUGAAAGGUUAAUUCUGGAGUUAAAGUAGAAGCAUCGGUAGAUGAAAAAUGGAAGCAUUAACUUUUAAAAAGUAUCUUC